AGAAGACCAACUAACGUUAGAACAGUCCCUCCAGUACUGCCUGUUCUGUCGCAUGUAGGGUCGUGGAUGCAAUUAGCUGACGUUUGGGCUAAAUGCACAACAAACAGGCACUCUGUGGAUAUUUAUUAGCCUAAUAUUUCAUUCACAGUGACUUUCAGGACUGUGCCAGAUUCUGGAUGGAGUCAGCACCGACGUUUUUAUUGUCUUGUGUAGCCGCAGCCAGGGACCUCAGGGUUCGGGAUUCAGGCCAUCCUGUACAUCAGCGAGAGAAGAAUGGUCAAGUAUUUCUGUAAUAACACAGACAUCAGGAGUACGUGGGACCAUGUUGUCUCUGCUUUUUGGCAGAGGUACCCAAACCCAUUCAGCACCCAUGUUCUCACGGAGGACGUUGUGUACCGCGAAGUGACUGCGGACCACCGGCUCCUCUCCAGACGCCUCCUGACGAAGACCAAUCGGCUGCCUCGCUGGGCGGAGCGGCUCUUCCCCACCGGCAUGUCUCGCUUGGUGUACAUCAUCGAGGACUCCAUCGUGGACCCUGUCAACAGGAGCCUGACCACCUACACCUGGAACCUCAACCACACAACUCUCAUGUCGGUUGAAGAGCGUUGUAUUUUCCAAGACUCUGUGGAGCAGCCAGCCAGCACCAAGCUGAAACGGGAGGCGUGGAUAUCCUCAAACGUUUAUGGCUUCUCCAGACCUAUUCAGGAGUUUGGAUUGGCCCGAUUCAAAAGUAACCAGGUGAAGGCCAUGAAAGGGCUGGAAUACGCACUGUCCAACUUACAGGGGAUUGGGAUCAGGCUAAACGUUAUGGAGAGACGCCCCAGCGGCUGCUCAGGGACACAGUGAAGGAUGCAUCAGAGAAGGCCAAGGAGGCAGCCAAGAGCCUGGCGUCAGCUGCUACUGUCCCAAAGAAACCGCAGCAGUACGUCUGACAGGACAGUGUGUGGGGCACCGUGCAGGUGACACCAACUCAACACAAUGCCUUUUGAUCAUCUUGACUGGAAUGAAGUUUUCUGGGAACUCGCUGAUUGCUGGUUAUUCUCUGUUUUUCUUCCUUUGGUAUGAAGCAGCCUCGCUUCUCUACGAUUGGACUUU